AUGGAGUUGACUUUCUUGGUUAGUCGUGAUGGGAAGAAUCUCAAGCGAAGACAGUCACGGGGCGCGUGUGCCUGUUGCCGCCGAAAAAAGAAACGAUGUUACCACAACGACCCUAAAUUGCAAGCAUCCACACAGACCCAAUUACUGAGCACGUCGGAUGCAGCGGAUGACUCGGUUGCCAAUCAAGAAGGCGUAGAGCGAGAUCCAGCGACAACAGGCACAGCUACAGUACUGCAAGACGAACGACCGCAAGCUACUCGAGUUGGAGAAGUUGAUGAGCAAACACUCAAUAAUCCUGGCAUUCCUAGUGUGCCUGCAUCCACAGAAGAAGAUGAAGAAGGAGAAGAUUCAAGUUCUCGUCAGUUCGCGUGCGACUCGAAUCCUGUUGUGACCUUUUUGGAAGAGGAAGGGUCAAGAUUGGAAAGAGGUCGAUCACACAGAGGAGACGUGGGAGGAUGGUUUCGCUAUGAGAACGCCACUUCACAUAGAGAAGAGCCCUGUGGCUCUUCAAUAACGACACAGAGUCGGCCACAAGGGCCGGAAAUUGCCGGUCUAGUGCCCUCGAAAAAUGAUCAAGAGGCAUUGAUGAACAUUUACUUUCGUCGCAUACAUCCUAUACUGCCACUCUUGGAUGAGACCGAUAUCCGCGCUAGCUUCCAAGAAAAUACGCUGUCUCCUCGCCUUAUCCAGUCGAUCUGCCUUGUUGCAUCGAAGGACCGAAGUGCGGCACCUUUCUUACGGUUUGGCCAAGAUCUAGCCGUUCUCACAGUCGAGAAAUUCAGCAACAUCCUCUACCAAGUUAUUAUACAGAAUAUGACGAGAAAGGCUGAAAGAAAAAGGGUGACCGCGAUACAGAUUCUAGCACUGUUGUCCCUCCACGAAUGGAGACCCACUGGAUAUGAAGAUUGCUCUUUGCACUUGAUGCAAGCCAUCCAUCAUGCUCAGACAAUAGGCCUGCACUUAGUAAGGCCUGGCGACCAACAGUCUUCAACUUCACUAAAAGCUUUGUUUUGGUGUUUGUGGAGCCUAGACAGAUGGAAUGCUGCCAUGAAUGGAAGACCAGUAAUGAUUCAUGACCGGGACAUAGGCCAGAAAGUAGAUGACGUUCUUCCGAUAUUUAAAUCACCAUUUCGCACAUGGCUUCGCCUUACUGACAAGCUUGGCGAGGUAAUUCGAUUCUACCGACCAAUCGUGGAUGGUAUUGAUGAACAGGAGCUUGAUAUUCCAAGCUUCGCGGAGCUUGUUGAUGGCUCCAACGCGUGGGACACUCCCCUAGAUUUACUCGGUAUUGAGAAACUUUUUCAAAUUAAAGACGAGAAUCUUGACUGA